GGCAUCUUGUAUUGUUUAUUUAUGUAGUGUGGCUGCCUCGGUUUUGAAUCUAUUAAUCUAUUGCUUUUUUAGUGGCGGCACUAGUUGAAAGUAUGUCCUUGUCGGUCUAUCUUGUAUUUUUCCAAGCAUCAUUGAGAACAUUUUCUGAGGUUUUGGAUCAUAUAAAUGAGUUUUUGUUUGUCAUUGGAUUGAUAGAUAAUUAGAGCGAGCCAUGAUAGGAGGUGCUCGCGUCCGCCUCAAUAGGUGGCAGCAAGCAGCAGUUGCUGUAGGUUCGGCUAUGGGUGCAUUGCUUGACCCUCGAAGAGCAGAUCUUAUAGCGGCUCUUGGUGAGACGACUGGCAAGCCUGCUUUUGAGAGAGUCCUUGAGAGGAUGAAGAGGAGUCCGGAAGGCAGAGCGAUUCUAUUGGACCGACCACGAGUAAUAUCUACCGAGGUCAGUCAUGCGUGGGACCUACCAGAGAAUACAUUUGGUGCUGCAUAUGCCAGGUUUAUGGGAUCUAGGAACUUUUCCCCAGAUGACCGGCCACCUGUGCGGUUCAUGGAGACCGAUGAAUUGGCAUAUGUGGCCAUGCGGGCUCGAGAGGUGCACGACUUUUGGCACACUUUGUUUGGUCUCCCAACUAAUUUAAUAGGCGAGUCAGCUCUUAAGGUGAUAGAGUUCGAGCAGAUGUACCUGCCUAUGUGCCUCCUAUCUGUUUUAGGAGGCACAGCGAGAUUCAAUGAGAAGCAAAGGGCUUUAUUCUUCCAGCAUUACUUCCCAUGGGCUGUUCAGGCGGGUAUGAGGUGCACGGACCUCAUGUGUCUAUAUUAUGAACGGCACUUCCACGAGGAUUUGGAAGACGUUCGAAGGAGAUGGGGAAUAGUUCCUGCACCUGCUGUGCCUAAAUAAAGUGCUGUCUAAACUUUCCGCAAUUCUCACUACGUGCGUCGGCAUAGACUGAAGUGAUUAGUGACAGGCGUACCUCGAGCCUCUGCGCGAGAUUUUGUUCCCUUCGACUCUCUGAAUCACCUUGUGCUUUUAUUGUUUAACAGAAAACUGAACCCAAGGGGUUUCGUUAUCAGGACCUACGGUCCUUUUCCCUUUUCUGCAUAGCAAUUCGGGUGCGGCUUGCAAUUUGUACAGGGACAAUGACCCAAAUGCGGCACUUUCUUGUCUGUGUUUCUUCUCCUUCGGCUCUUGUACCGUUAUAGAAUCCAAAAUUCGAGUAGAAA